GAAGCAGGUGGGACUCUUCAGACCAGCUUCUCUGUCUUCUCUGUCGCCGACAAACGUGACCAUCUGCAGAAACCCAAAAUGGGGAAUUGUCUUCAAUGCCUUGGGAACCGGCCGAAAAACACCAAUAUGCGGAUUAGCCUGCCUGCAGUCUGUUUCGUGUGGCAGUUGGCUAUGAUCAUCCUUUUCGGUGUGUUCAUCCGUUACAACGAGGAGUCCGAUGUCCACUGGGUCGAAUUCAAAAAGUCGCAUAACAUAACGAGUGACAUAGACAACGACUUCUACUUCAGAUACCCAAGCUUCCAGGACGUCCAUGUAAUGAUCUUUGUGGGCUUCGGCUUCCUCAUGACCUUUCUGAAGCGCUACAGCUUCGGCGCCGUGGGCUUCAACUUCCUCAUCGCUGCGUUCGGCCUCCAGUGGGCCCUGCUGAUGCAGGGCUGGUUCCACUCCCUCGACUACACGGACGGAAAGAUCAAAAUUGGGGUGGAAAACAUCAUCAAUGCUGACUUCUGUGUGGCCGGAUGCCUGAUUGCCUACGGGGCGGUGCUGGGCAAAGUCAGCCCAGUUCAGCUACUGGUCAUGACGCUGUUUGGCAUUACCCUGUUUGCGGUCGAGGAGUUCAUCAUUCUCAACCUCAUUCACGCUAGGGAUGCUGGAGGCUCCAUGGUCAUCCAUACCUUUGGAGGUUAUUAUGGUCUGUCAAUCUCCUGGGUUCUCUAUCGGCCUAACCUGGACCAGAGCAAACGCCUGCAGGGGUCUGUCUAUCACUCAGACGUGUUCGCCAUGAUUGGCACCCUCUUCCUGUGGAUGUUUUGGCCAAGUUUCAACUCAGCCAUCACUGACCAUGGUGAUGGGCAGCACAGGGCAGCCAUUAACACCUACCUCGCUCUGGCCUCUACUGUCCUCACCACCGUGGCCAUCUCCAGCCUCUUUGAGAAGAAGGGCAAGCUGGACAUGGUGCACAUACAGAACUCAACCCUGGCCGGUGGCGUUGCCGUGGGAACCGCCGCAGAAUUCAUGCUGAUGCCCUACGGCUCACUGAUUGUUGGCUUCUGCUGUGGCAUCGUCUCUACGCUCGGCUACAUUUACCUAACGCCGUUCAUGGAGAAGAAGCUGAAGAUUCAGGACACCUGUGGCAUUCACAACCUGCACGCCAUGCCGGGGGUGAUCGGGGGCAUCGUCGGAGCCAUCACAGCGGCCUCGGCCACCGUUCCGGUCUACGGCAAGGAGGGGCUGGUCAAUACGUUUGACUUUGUGGAUGCAUUUGCGACCCGGGUUCCCACUGUGCAGGGCGGGUACCAGGCUGCCGGGAUGUGUGUGGCCAUCGCCUUCGGAAUCGGCGGGGGUAUCAUUGUGGGUACUAUCCUGAAGCUGCCCAUCUGGGGAGACCCAGCAGAUGAUAACUGCUUUGACGAUGAGGUGUAUUGGGAGGUCCCGGAGGAUGAAGAAAGCAUUCCUCCGGUUCUUGAAUACAACAACCACAUGACCAACAAGCGCCACGUCAUGUCGGAAACAAACUUCUCUGUGGAGCAGAGCUAGUGCUUUGGCACAGAUGUGCCCUCCCUUCCCGCCAGCCAACACCGGACUACGUCAAAACCCCUCCCUCACCCGGACAAACCUUCCACAAGGAAGGAUGGACAUUUUGAGUCUUAAAAUUAUCUUCGGAUCCGAAUCAUCUUGAUUUCUGAUCAAAUGGAAACUGCCUUCUCUUGUGCCGAUAAACCUUUGUUGUCACCUUGAAAAGCUGUGUUCACGUGUACAACUUCUAUGAACUGAGUGAACUCUAAUGGUGAGGUGACCUGCCUUUAUUAAAAUAAUGUGCUCUUAGGAUUGGAUAUAUAUGUUCAAUAGUAUGUAUAUAAAUAUGAAUAUGCAGAUUUGAGUUGAAUAUUGAGAUUAACUGUAUGACAUGUAUUUACAUAUAUAACGUCUGUAUUUGUGUGCAUCAAAUGUAAUGUUUAAACACUAGUUUUAUUAAUUAGUUUUAUAGAAGGAAAUUACCAUUGAAGAAAAUUUUAAGUUUGCUGCUUCUGAACCAUGUGACCUGUGGUUUGUUUUACACAAU